AUGUCCAAGCUCAGCCUGAUUCUCCUGCUUGUCGCCAUCCUGGCCAUCGCCUCCAGCCAUGCCGAUGGCGACCGUCGUCGUCCCUGUCCCGGCCGCUGCCAGUCGCUGUCCUCCGGCGGCAAGAGCGUGUGCAUCCGGAACAAGGCCACCAAUACGUGCACCAAGUUGCGCGCCUGCCGCCUCCGGGAGAAGAACUGCCGCCGGCGGGACAAUGGCCUGGAGCCGAUCCGCGAGACCUGUGUGACCCGGUGCCGCAAUAUCCUGGGAUCGAGCGGUGUUGGGCAGUGUGCGCCCCGCAUCCGCAAGGGUGUCCUCAAUGCCGCCGGCAGCAAGAGGAUACGCAGCUGCCGCCGACCUUGCCACGACAACAAGGUGGCCACCUGCUGGAGGAAUCAGCAGAACGGCUGCAUCCUGCAGACCCGUUGCCAGGCGGAGCAGAGGAACUGCGAGCGUCCGCACAACCAGUGGGUGCAGGCCAGCCGGUGGAGCUGCUCCGGUGGCACAGUUGGUGGCGGAGUGCGUCAUUGCCGCAGGAGCCUCAAGGAUUAA